GGCGUCUACAGUAUCCUUGUCAGAUUUCAAAGCCAAUACAGGAGAGGCAAGCCGGUCGCGGCUUGCGCAUAGAGCCUUGAGGAACGAAGAUGGCUAUGGCGGUUUUCAAGGUGCUUUUACAGCAUUGGCCAAGAGCCUUGGGCAAAACACCGGGUAUAACAAUCUGUUUAUGACUGCAGUGCAGCCUUUCAUGAAGGAGCAUGAAGCGGCGUGUCGUGCCGCUUUAAACCCAUUUUGCGAAAACUGUGGGUUACUUGCAAUGAAUCUUGCAAAGCCCCAUGUCUUGGCUUCACGUGGCGGAGGAUCCUUUCGUUGGCAUCUGGGUCAGUCCCGUGUGUGGGAAAGGGGGAUGUGAGACGCGGAUACGGCAG